AUGCGUUUUUUUGGCAGGAGGAGGAGGAUAGCGCAGGUUUCUCCUAAUUCCAUCAAGGAGGAACCCCCGCAGAGAGCGGACCCCUCGGCUGACGACCGCCAGGGCCGUUUUUUUAGUAGGAGGAGGAGAGCGCAGGUUUCUCCUAAUUCCAUCAAGGAGGAACCUCCGCAGAGAGCGGGCCCCUCGGCUGAGGGCCGUUUUUUUAGGAGGAGGAGGAGAGUGCAGGUUUCUCCUAAUUCCAUCAAGGAGGAACCCCCGCAGAGAGCGGAACCCUCGGCUGACGACCGCCAGGGCAUGCGUUUUUUUGAGAGGAGGAGGAGAGGGAGGAUUUCUCCUAAUUCAAUCAAGGAGGAACGCCUGCAGAGAGCGGACCCCUCGGCUGACGACCGCCAGGACCGUUUUUUUAGGAGGAGAAGGAGAGCACAGGUUUCUCCUAAUUCCAUCAGGGAGGAACCCCCGCAGAGAGCGGACCCCUCGGCUGAGGGCCGCCAGCCCGCUGCAGAGCCCGGUACCGCUGCCCCGCAGAGGGGACCAGUCGCUGCUGUUCCAUCUGAAGGUGCCAUCGGGAUAGAUCCUUUGGCUGCAGCCCAGGGGCCGGCUCCACCGGCACCUUCCAUCGGUGCCAGUGAGUCGUGUCCAUCGGCUGCAGCCAUCUUUGGCAGCGACCAGACUCCGGUGUCUUCGUCCGACACCGACGAGUCAAUGUCAUCGGCUUCAUCCAGCGAGACAUCAUCCCCAUCCCCCAGCUCCUCCGACAAUUUGAGCUUGGAAAGCUUUAACUUCCAUCGGGUUCUUGGACAAGGGGGUUUUGGAAAGGUGGUACUCGCGACCCACCGGGUCAGUGACCAGAAGGUGGCCGUUAAGAUCGUCAAGAAGAGACCUUUGCUUCCGGGAUACGUCAGCAGUGCCCAUACAGAACGUCUUGUUCUGCAGAAUAACAGGCACAGCCCCUUCAUGACCUACCUACUGGGCUCCUUUCAGACAGAGCUGGUGCAGGACUAUGUCCACACAGGAAGCUUGUGGGGAAAUUCCUCCAACUCGACCGAGAAGACCACCACACCGCACUUGUCUGCCUCUGAAUGCCUCAUGUACGUCAUGGAGUACCUGAGCGGAGGGGACCUUGAUGAUCUAAUUAAGGUGGAAGCUCCAAUCUCUGGUCCCACAUUACGAAUCCUGACAUCAGAAAUCCUCUGCGGCCUACUGCACCUUCAUAGCAGAGGAAUCCUGCACAGAGAUUUGAAGCCAGGAAACGUACUCCUGGACAGCAGAGGCCAUUGCAGAAUCUCUGAUUUUGGCCUGUCUGUCACGGAUAUGUUUCAUCCUCGGAAGAUCACAGGACUUGCCGGCACCCUAAUGUAUAUGGCCCCUGAGGUAUUAUGCGACCUACCGUACGGAUUGGCGUCGGAUUAUUUUUCUUUGGGGGUUAUGGUGUAUAAGAUGGCGACGCGCAAAAACCCGUACUAUGGCAUGGACAUAGGCAUGUUGCUACAUGUUUUCCUGCACAAAAAGCCCAAGUACACCAGGGACCUGGAUCAUAAAGCCAAGGACCUCAUACGGAGGCUGCUGGAAAUAGGAUCGUUUUCCAGAUAUAAGAACGUCCAGGGUCUCAGAGAACAUCCAUUUUUCCAUGGCACCAAUUGGGCCAUUUUGGAGUCCUGUGCAGAGCACCCAAUAAUCCGUUCAAGACCACUUCCGGAGGCACCUCUAGAUCAGAUCAUCGAUCUAGCCGAGGUUGUGUCCUCUGCGCCACAUGAUCCCAUACCCGCGCAGCAUCAGCAGCUCUUCAGCGGCUUCUCCUUUUUGGGAGACCAGCUGAAGCCAUAA